AUGGCAGAUAAGAAAACUAAACAGUAUGCUACACAGAUGAUUCAGAAUUCAGCUAAGAUUGAUAAAUUACUUUCAAAUUCGAAAAAAUGUGCUAAGGAUAAACGAACGAGAGGGUUCUUGGAUUCUCGUAUGGAGGCGUUAAAGGAUUAUUGGGCUAACUAUACCAAGAAUUAUGAAACUCUUUCCGGACUUGUUGAUGCUGAAACUUUGGAAUCGGAAUAUAGCUUGAAUUUAGAGAAAAACUUUGAACAAACUGAGGAAUGCUACCUAGAGUUAUUGUCUUGGCUUAAGGAUAAAUUAUAUGAACUAAAACUUGAUCAAGGUGAAACCUCGAGUUCAAAUACAUAUUCAGACGAUCCAAAGAUUAAGACAAAGCUCCCACCGAUUUCAAUACCUCAAUUUUCGGGCGAUUAUAACCAGUGGAUGAGUUUCCGAGAUUUAUUUCGCUCUCUGAUUCAUGAUAAUAAUCGUUUAACUAAAAUCGAAAAACAUCAUUAUCUGAAGUCUAGCUUGUCUGGAGAAGCUGAACAACUUCUAAGGAAUUACUCGCUAACUGAAGCUAAUUACGAUGACGCGUGGAGAAAAUUAAAUGAUAGAUAUGAAAAUAAAAGAAUGAUUGUAAACAAUAUCCUGAGUCGAUUUUUAAGUCAAAAGACACUCACCUCGGAGUCUGCGAAGGGGAUAAAAGAUCUUUUGGAUACCUCAAGCCAAUGUCUCACGUCCCUUACAAACUUGAAUAUCGAUUCCUGGAAUGCAAUCGUCGUGCACAUAUUAGUCUCAAAAUUAGACCUUGAAUCUCGCAAACUUUGGGAACAAUCUUUAGAAAAUUCCAUAGAAAUUCCUACAUAUGAAGAUUUAAACAGUUUUCUUGAGAAACGAUUCCGAGCUAUGGAAAUGGUCAGUUUAUCACAACCUCCACCAAGAAGUACUACAAAACUCACUCAACAAACCUCUAAAGUAACUAAUGUCAAAAGCUUUGCUACUGAAAUUGAUACUACUUGUACUUACUGCUCACAAAAACACUACGUUUGCCACUGUAAAGGUUUUGCCUCUCUCCCUGUGAAUGAACGUCAAGAUUUUAUUAAGAAAAACAACAUAUGUUUUAACUGCCUAGUGAAAGGUCAUUCUGUGUUCAACUGUAGACAGAGUACCGUUUGCAAAAAGUGCGGACGUCGUCAUCAUACUUUACUGCACCUCACCGCACCUAAAGAUGAAAGGUCUGUUGAACCUGAUCAGGAGAAAGAUACCUCAAAGGGAAAUAUCACUGUGCCUAAGACCUCUUGCAACAUUAGCGUGAACCUGAAAGCUGAAACAAAAGAUGAUCGGGUUAUUCUAGCUACUGCUUUAAUUAAUGUGGAGUCAAAGAACAGGGGUACUUACGUGUUACGAGCCCUUGUUGAUCAGGGGUCACAAGGUUCAUUUAUCUCCGAGGCAGCUGCCCAGUUGUUGAAACUUAAUCGCACUCCAGUUACAGGGAAAAUCUCUGGAAUUUCUAAUACAUCAGUGGUAACUACAAAGUCUAUGGUCACACUUACAGUCCACUCCACAAAGGAUCAAGCAUCAACCUUCAAGGUUAAUGCCUAUGUUCUAAAGAAACUUACCUCAUUGUUGCCUUCCCGCGAAUUUCCACAAGAUACUUGGCCUUCAUCUAAGCAAUUGGAUCUUGCUGAUCCAAAUUUUCACAAGCCAGGGUCUAUAGAUGUUCUUCUCGGUGCCGAUGUGCAUGCAUACAUACUUCUGGAAGGCUUACACAAGUGUAAUUCUCUUAUUGCACUCAACUCUCGCCUUGGUUGGUUAAUAUCAGGCAGAGUCUCACAAACUGAUUCAACAGCAUACGAACACAAUAUGGUCGUUAUGCAAACUAAAAUAGAGACAGAUCAGUUACUCAGACGAUUCUGGGAGAUCGAAGAGAAUUUACCUCACAAAAAACCAAGGACCGAUUUAGAAAUACAAUGUGAAGAACACUUCAAAAAUACUCACACUCGCAAUGAUGUCGGUCGAUACAUUGUACGGUUACCAUUUAAUAAUGAUCCUCCCACAAACCUUGGAGAUAUCAAAUCUCUAGCUAUCAGUCGCUUACAACAGAUGGAGAAACGCUUUACACGUAAACCUGAUUUCAAGGAAGAAUAUCACAAAUUCUUGAAGCAAUAUGAAUCACAAGGUCAUAUGAUGAUGGUUCCUGAAAAUGAAUUAGUAAAAGAAAAGGUAUAUUACUUACCUCACCACGCUGUCCUUAGGCCGACGAGUCUAAGUACCAAGCUACGUGUAGUAUUCGACGGAAGUGCUGCACCUGAAAAAGGAAAAUCAUUAAACGAUGAACUACUUAUUGGAUGUUCUCUUCAACAAGACAUUAGAGAUCUAAUAACUCGAUGGAGACAACAUAAAAUUUGUUUGGUAGCGGAUAUUCGACAGAUGUACCGGCAGAUUUUAGUAUCUAGCGAUGACGUUGAUUAUCAGCGAAUUUUGUGGCGAGAAUCUCCAACACAACCUAUAAAUGAGUACAGAUUACUUACCGUCACGUAUGGGACUUCUUGUGCUCCAUUUUUAGCCAUUCGUACACUUCAUCAAUUGGCUGAAGAUGAAAAGAACGAUUUUCCCAAUGAAGCUGACAUCUUGAAAACCGACGUGUACAUGGACGAUCUGAUGACCGGAGCGUCGACAACAGAAGAUGCUGUAAAGUUACAGAAAGCGUUGACGGAACUUUUGGGUCGUGGUGGAUUUCCUUUGCACAAAUGGUCUUCGAACAGUAAAGUGGUGUUAUCUCAAAUCCCAAACGAUGACAAGGAUUCUCAAAGUGCUGUAAAUAUUAAGGUUGAAGACACAAUUAAAACAUUAGGUAUUACCUGGAACUCGGAGACUGACAAUUUUGAACUUAAUGCAAAACUGUAUCAUGGUUAUGACAAAAUUACUAAAAGAAAUGUAUUAUCUACUAUUGCUAAAUCUUUCGAUCCACUAGGUUGGCUAACACCUGCAAUCAUACUACUUAAAAUCUUUAUGCAAAGGUUAUGGUUGGCUGGUUUAGAUUGGGACGAAGAUUUACCUACUGAUCUGAAAGAAGAAUGGGUUACUUACCUUGAUCGUUUCGAGCACAUUGAAAACAUUCAGUUCCCACGAUGGUUCGGGGUUUCAGAUGACACAGCGAAACGGGAGCUGCAUGGGUUCAGUGAUGCAUCUUGUGUCGCUUAUGCUGCGGUGGUGUACCUCAGGGUCUUAGGAGAUGAUGGUGAAAUAAGGGUCUACCUUGUCACUGCGAAAUCUAAAGUUGCUCCGCCAUCGCCAACGUCGUACUCUCCAAUCUUCACCAUCACUCCUCACACCCUCAUUGGUCUCAAGUCAGCAGCAAACAGUCACUCGCAGCAGCAAGCCAUCACUCAUCUUCAAGGGCAUCUACAGGACCAUCGCAGCCGACGCAACGCGCUUCCUGGUUCUGGCACCCGCAACUCUCUUCGACUUCAUCGACGCCGACGCACCCUGCAGCCCACGUCUGGACGCGCGCACUCACCGGCGUGGCAGCCAUGUAGGGACCGGUGCCAACAAGUCAUAUUCCGCUCACGACAGUCUCGACUCACCGCAGACUACGAGCUCAACCUACGCAUCCCGACUCACUGGGACAUCGAGUAA